AUGACAAUAUUGAAAGGUAAAGGCUCGAAGAGUCACAAAAAUCAUAGUCAUUCUACUUCUACAUCACGCAUCCGACUGCCAGAUGAUGACCAAAAUUCGUCUAUUGAAUUGCGAAGUAUCAAUGACUAUCAAGCCGAUGAAGACAUCAAAUCAUCUUUCAAGUCCCUAUUCACAUUUACGACAAAAAAGCACAUAUCCAACAUAGUUCCAUGUAUAUUAUUUGCAUCAUUAGCGGCGUUCUCAAACCUAUAUCGGCAAUAUUUUACGGAAAUAUCUUUGGUACUCUUACAAACUUUGGGGCUGGUGUUCUCACAGCAGAAGAGACCUUACAAACAAGUCUCGAAAUGGUGCAUAGCUAUAACUAUUCUCGGAGGCGCGGUAUGGUUGUUCGAAGGUCUGUUUCUGUGCUCGUGGAUGGUGUUUGGAGAGCUCCAGGCUAGAAGCGUGCGCGAAAGAAUGUUUGCCGGCAUGUUGGAGAAGGACUUGGAAUGGUUUGAUCUACGUAAAGAUGGCAUCGGAUCAUUGUUGAUUCGAAUUGAAACCCAAAUUCGAGAGCUCCAACUAUCCACAUCCCAGCCUCUUGGGUUCCUCCUGUUUGAGACUGCCAGCGCAUUGACAUUUCCAGUCGCCGGUGGAAUACUUUAUCUGAUCUCUAGAAAGAUGGGUCCAGCAAUCGAAGCUCAGAAAGUGAGCUAUCGCAAGCUUCGAAUUCACAAAUACAGCGAUUACAGCUAUCGAUACUGUCAAGGCAUUCAACGGACAGGACCAGGAAGUUUUGGCAGUAUUUAUCAGCAAUUAACGAUCAACAAUCCAUUACAUGAUCCAAGCCAGGUCAAAUGCAUUUCAAUUUGGGAUUACGAAGUUUGUCAUGGUGGCUAUCUUUGUUUCAAGGCUUUGGGUAUGGUCUCACUUGGUCGAUCAUGGACUAGAUGCCGGAAAGGUUCUUACAACGUUUUAUGCUUGUUUGACUGGAAUGAUGGCUAUAGAAGUUGGUUUAACCACAAUGGCUUGUCUUGGCAAAAGGAAUGUCCCGCUGGAGCGACUCUCAAGUCUAUCAUGAAUCAAGUGGAUAGAGGAGGGGUUGCACAGUAUACAGAGGGAUUAAUGAUGCCCAAAAUUUGCAGCGGUGAUAUAGAAGUCAAUGAUGUUACAUUUGCAUAUCCUUCCAAUCGACAACAUAAUGCUCUUGUAAAAACAACAUUCUUCUUCCCUGCUGGCGAAACUACUUUCGUAGUUGGUAAAAGUGGUUCUGGGAAGAGUACAUUAGGAAACUUAUUGCUCAAAUUCUACGAACCACAGGAAGGGAGUAUCUUGAUAGAUGGCCAACGUAUACAAGAUCUCGAUACCGAUUGGCUGAGACGCAACAUUACUCUCGUACUGCAGCAGAGUGUGGUAUUCAACGAGACUGUUAGGAAGAACAUAGAGUUUGGCAAGGAAGGAAUAACCAAUGAAGUUAAUAUCAUGGAUGCCUGUUCUGCAGCCAGUCUAGAACAAGUAAUUGCUGACCUUCCUGAUGGACUUGAUACUCUGAUCGGUUCUAAGGAGAGACAACUAAGUGGUGGACAGAAACAGCGUGUUGCAUUGGCUCGAGCUAGAUUACGAGAUGCACCAAUUUUGAUUCUCGACGAAGGAACUAGCGCCCUGGAUCUUACCAAUCGAAUCAAAAUCAUGGAUAAUAUUCGAGAAUGGAGGAAAGGAAAAACGACAAUCAUUGUGACUCAUGAUAUUUCACAGAUAUUAGAUGAUGACUAUGUUUACGUUAUGGAGGAAAGUAGAGUUGUUCAGGAAGGUUAUCGUAGAAAACUUUCUGCGAAAGCUAAUGGUACUUUCGCUACAUUCUCGCCACUCCCGGAAUUGCCUGUGGAACAAUCGAUAGACCUUUCUAACAUUAGAAGAAACUCGGACCCCGAAACACCAUUAACCGGAAGCUUUGAAGACUUUGUUCAAGAACUGACACCUCGUUUCUCCACACAGUCUACACUCUAUGGCCCAAAUGCAGCAGACCGUAGGUCCUUGGAUAUAUCAAAUAGACGAUUGUCUCUUGGAUAUGCUUCAAUAGCCUAUGCAAAUGACCUACAAUCAAAUAACAUUUGGACAUCAGGGACUGACAGUUCACGUUCAAGGCUUGAUGGUUUGCAGAGACCCACCUCACAAUUUCAGAAAUUCAAAGCGUCAGAUAGUCGGCAGUCCAAACAUUCUAUUCGGCCGCCAAGGUAUCAAGACGCAGGAUUCCAGUCGAUACCAGAAAAUCCCUCAGGCAAGCCAAGUUUUGAUAGAAGCUCUCUGGUUCAACGCCAUCUCAGCUUGGUGUCAACCAAGACGAAUCGAGACUCUAAAGUUGUGCCAAUCGAUUCCUUGUUGGAAUACUCAGAUGACUCCACCGAGAAUGCGGAUGAAUCCAAAGAGAUGAACGAAAUGGGUCAUCUCAAACCCGAUACUUUAACUAAGAUCUUGAAGACUGUUUGGCCAAUGCUGAACAGAAAAGAGCGCAUAAUUCUCUCGGGUGCAUUUGCUGCAGCAUUUAUUGUGGCCGUAUCAACCCCAGCUUUUGCCAUAAUAUAUACCAAACUUCUCGACACUUUUUACCAAAAGGAGAAUCGAAACUCGAAUGCUUUUAAAUGGUCGCUUAUCUUACUCGGGAUAGCUAUCAUUGAUGGCAUAGCAUGCUUCUUUUCGCACUAUGCUCUAGAACGUGCCGGACAAGCUUGGGUGAGUGCUCUACGCGUAGAAGCAUUAAAAAGAAUUCUCGCACAACCUAAGUCAUGGUUUGAGGAAUCCAGAAAUUCUCCUGGUCGGUUGAACGAGGUCUUGGAUAGGAACUCUGAAGAGAUGCGUAAUCUCGUUGGUCGUUUUGCUGGUAUUGUAUUUACAGCAUUUUUUAUGCUAUGGAUAUCAAUCAUAUGGGCUUUUGUGAAUACAUGGAAACUCACAUUAGUCUCAAUGGCAACUGGCCCAGUUAUAUACGCUGUCACCAAAACAUUCAAUCGCGUGAGUGGAAAAUGGGAAAACAAAUGCAACUACGCUUCUGAAAUGACAACCAGCAUAUUUUCAGAGACUUUCUCUAACAUCAAAGUGGUUCGGGCUUUUACUCUGGAAACUUAUUUCGAGAAGAAGCAUACCAGAGCUACAGAAGAACUUUAUAAAGUUGGGAGAGUACGAGCAAACUACUCGGGGUUACUUUGGGGACUUACAGAUGCGAUGUCCUUCUUCAUCACUGCAACUAUCUUCUAUUAUGCCACGGUUCUCAUUACCAAAAGAGAGAUUAGUAUCGCGACUGCACUACAAACCGUCAAUCUUCUACUGUUCGGCAUUUCAAAUAGUACGAAUAUGCUGGCUAUGAUACCACAAAUAAACUCUUCUCGCGUUACAGCUACGCAUAUGCUUGAGUUGGCUAAUCUCGAUUCAUCUUCCUCCCAUGAAAAUAAAGGAAAUGAACGACUUUCGACAAUUUUUCCAAUCAAAUUCAAUCGCCUCUCAUUCACAUAUCCUGCUCGCCCCGAAACAAGAACGAUCUCAUCCUUUUCUCUUUCCCUAAAUCCUAACUCAACAACUGCACUUGUCGGAGCCUCCGGCUCCGGAAAAUCUACUAUAGCUACUCUGCUUAUUGGUCUUUAUCCACCAGAUACUUCAACACCACCCCCGUUGACAUUCAAUCGAGUUUCUAUAACCAACUGUCACAUUCCGUCUCUCCGAGCUUUUAUCUCACUGGUCCCACAAACACCGAUUCUAUUUCCCGCCACUAUUUUCCAUAAUAUCAUUUAUGGUCUCCCAGAAUCUUCUUCCUGUGCUAAUCUUCCAUCUGCUAUUGCAUCAGCCAAAGAUGCUGGGGUCCACGAGUUUAUAACGUCGCUUCCACAGAGUUAUAACACGAUGGUAGGAGAUGGAGGGCAAGAGUUAUCGGGAGGACAGGCCCAGAGAAUUGUGAUAUCGAGAGCGCUGGUUAGGAAACCCAAGUUAUUGAUAUUAGAUGAAGCGACGAGCGGAUUAGAUGGCGGUAGUGCGGAGGUGAUAAGAGAGACUGUGCAGAAGUUGAAGAAGAGAGAAGGAAUGGCCACGCUGGUUGUAAGUCAUACAGCUGAAAUGAUGAAGAUGGCGGGCCGAGUUGUGGUGAUGGAAGAGGGGAAGAUAGUCGAGAGUGGUGGUUUCGAUGAGUUGAAGAAUAGAGUUGGUGGGAGGUUUGGGGCUUUAGUUGGAGAUGAUUCAAGGGAUACUGCGGCGAUGGAGGAAGAGAAUGAUAUUGGAGAGGGCAGCAGUAACGCUGGUGGUGGUGCUGAUAAAGAAGGUGGGUUAGGUAUUAGGAUUCCUGGUUACGAGGAGGUAGAAUUUCACACUCGAAGAGAUACACCAAUUCGAGAUGCAAGAAGGAGAGAUACUUGGCUGCGGCAAAAGAACCAUUGA